AGGUGGAGGAUUUCAGAACAAGAUUGCAAAAGAAAAACGAGUUUCUCACUUUGGAAAAAGAGAAAAGAAUAAAAGCAGAAAAAGGAUCUGAAAGCUUGUGGACAAUGUUUGCAGAGACAGACCAGCAACGGGAAAAAGAAUGCCGUCUCAGAAGGCAUUAUGAACAGAAGCUGAAGACAAAUAAGGACAUUGUUGAGCAACUGGAUCAAUCAUCCAGGGCACCAAGCCCUGAUGGUGAGAGUGAGCUCAGACAGGAAGAAACCCCGUUAGGGAACCUCGAAGAGCUGGAAAAGGUAAAGCAAUGUUUGGAAAAGGAGAUCAAAUCCAACCAAGAAAUGAAAUUCAAAUUGAGGUCUCAAGAAGAGAUCAUACAAGAUCUGGAGUGGAAGGUGGCAGAAAUUACUGUCCAACUCAACAUGGCAACGGCCAGCAAUGGCUGUCAGAUCCCUGAUCAGGUAUCUGAACCAGGUUGUCCUUCAGUGGAAGCAGAGUCCAAACCAGAACUUUUCUCAACACCAUCUGUGGACUCUGACUCUGAAGUUCCAGAGCCACAAGCAGAAUCAAAACCACAGGUGGUCUCCGGAGAACUGGCCCUUCAACCACAGGAUGUCUCUCGACCAGAGGAAGACUUAACAUCAGAUGUGGAAAGAAAGACUCCCUUUGUAGGCUGUAAUACCACUGAUGUUAAAGCAAAUUUCUGCCUGAACCCUGCACAUGCACGGCCAUGCCAGUGAUUUCUUCAUGCUAAAGAUGUCAGCAAAGACUCCACCACAAGCCACC